UUUCACACCUCCCCGCCUCCCUCGCUCCCUCCUUCCUCUCAUCCGUGUCCAAGCGACGACACCACACGCGCCGGCCGCGCGCCACCGAGAUGUGGAGCUCAGACUCCGACCCCGAGCUCACCGCCGCCGCCGCGUCGUCCUCAUCUUCCACCUCGUCUGCUACCUCCGUCUCUGCCUCCCCGCCGCCGACCCCGCCUCCUGCUGCACGCCUUCUCCGCCAACGCAACGGCAACCGCCGCCGCCGCCGCAGCCGCAAGCAGGGCAGCGCCGUCGCCGACUCUGUCCCGCCGGUCCCCGAGCCUGAGGCGGAGGACGUGUGGCGCGGGGCGCAGUGGGAGGCGGCGUGGCCGGCGCGGCGGGACCCGAAACCCGUGGUGCUCGCGGUCGCGGGCGGAGACGACGCGGUGGGGCGGUCCAGGAGCCUGACGGACGACGACCUGGAGGAGCUCAAGGGCUGCGCCGACCUGGGCUUCGGCUUCAGCUACGACGAGAUCCCCGAGCUCCGAGGCACGCUCCCGGCGCUCGAGCUCUGCUACUCCAUGACCCAGCGCCUCCACCUGGUGGACGACGACAAGGACAAGCCGCCGCUGCUGCUGCAGCAGCACGAAGGCGCUGCCGCCGCACCGGAUGCCUCCGCGCCGUCGCCGCCCGUCACCAACUGGAAGAUCUCCAGCCCCGGUGACAGCCCGGACGAGGUGAAGGCGCGGCUCAAGUACUGGGCGCAGGCGGUGGCGUGCACCGUUCGCCUCUGCAGCUGAACGACGGCGACCAUCCACGCGGCACACCAUUCGCCGCCGGCAAACACACCAUACUAUAUAUCAUACAUGCCGCCGCCGCAGCCCGCAAGAAACGAUCGCCGACGAGGACAACGAAAGAGUAAACGACGGACCAAGAAGGGACAUGCCGGACGACCAGACCUCACCUGAUCGCGAACGCGCUGCUGCUGCUGCUGCCGUCGUAAAGUGAUGGGGGGCGUUGGCAACUGCAUGCCAUGAUUGAUUGCAGCUGGAGAGUUUGGUGGAGCGUUGUUGCUUGUUGGUAGUCGUCGGAGCAGCACACAUGGGCUGGGCAGGUGGGAGGCGGUUUGGUUGGUUGGUUGCCCGAGUUGCUGUGUGCUCUUGUUCCAGCUGAGCAACCUGCGUCUCCUUAGCAGCAGUGAUCAAAAUAAUGUGCAGAGUAAUUAGUAGUACUACUGCAAAUCUGGGGAUCGGAGUGAUUGAAUGAAUGAAUAAAUAAAUCCACAGAUCUCAUUAUGUUUGUUGCUUUCUUAAUCA